UGUUUUAUGUGUCUUGUUAAUAUAUGACAGGUAUAUUUUCAAGAGGCUGUUUGGGUUGCUCUUAUUGAACUUAACAAGUGGUAAAUGUGGAGUUAUUUUGUUUAGUUUCUUUUCAAAGAAUUACGAGGUCUAUUUAUCACUCACCCACUUUUAUAUGUAAUUAAAAAUUCUCAUUAUCAUUCAAAACGAAAUUAGAAAGAGCUCAGUCAUAUCUACAUAUUUAUGGAUUAAAUAUAAACAAUCGAAAAUGAAUUACAAUUUCGAAUUUUUACGAAAGGAGUAUAAAAACGUUUUACAAAAAUCCUUCAAAACUAACAAUGUGAACCUUCUCGAACAAAAGGUAAAAUCAUUUGGGAAAACUGAAAUUGACUUGAAAUCUCCUUUAGAUCAAACUCUUCGAGAUUUGCUACUAAAAAUACUCGAAGAAGAGAAAAGUGUUGUUAUUUUGAAAGAUUAUGUGGACUUUUCUAUUUUACUGUGUAGAAAGGGUCUAAGCUCACCAACAAUACCUGUUGUUCUUCUGGGAGAUAUUUUUGAAACACUUACUCUCGAUAUAUGUGAAAAUAUGUUUAGUUUUGUAGAACAAAAUGUACAUGUCUGGAAGGAGGAAUUGUUCUUCUCUGGUUGCAAAAACAAUCUUUUACGUUUAUGUAAUGAUCUUCUAAGAAGGCUCUCUAGAACAACAGCAACAGUAUUUUGUGGAAAGAUUCUUUUAUUUUUAGCAAAAUUCUUCCCAUUUUCUGAACGUUCUGGCUUAAAUAUUGUGAGUGAAUUUAAUUUAGAAAAUGUGACAGAAUAUGGUACAGAUCCAACUGAUGAUGAUGGCAUUAGUGAUAUCAGUAAAUCGGGAGAGGAAAAAAAUAUUAUAGAUUUUACAUUUUACUGCAAGUUUUGGCAACUUCAGGACUUUUUUAGAAAUCCAAAUCAAUGCUACAAUAAAGUUCAAUGGAAACUUUUUAGCUCACAUGCUACUAAUGUGUUAAAUACAUUUCAAGGAAUAAAACUAGAUUAUGUAACUUCUACAGAGAAGUCGUCAAAUUUGGGAUAUUUUGCAAAAUAUCUUACUAGCCAAAAACUGUUGGAUUUACAGUUGCAUGAUGUAAAUUUUAGAAGAUCUGUUCUAUUACAAUUCUUGAUUGUUUUCCAGUACUUUACUUCCACAGUUAAAUUUAAAUCGGAUGCAUAUGAGUUAAAGAAUGAUCAAAAAGAAUGGAUAAGUACAAACACAGAGAAAGUUUAUAACUUGUUGAGAGAAACUCCACCAGAUGGAGAAGAAUUUGCUCAAAUUGUCAAAAAUUUAAUGCAUCGGGAGGAAUUGUGGAAUGCAUGGAAAAAUGAUAGUUGUCCAGAAAUUAAGAAGACCUUACCUCAGUCAGUGGAAGUAUCAGAAAGUAAAAAAGAUGCAGAUAAACGUUUAUUGGGAGAUAUUACAAAAGAGGCUAACAAUCAAGGGAAGUACUUUAUAGGCAGCGGUGAAUUAACUAAACUAUGGAAUCAAUGCCCAAAUAAUUUAGAAGCGUGUAAAGGAAGAAAUUUCUUACCAACAUUAGAGGAAUUCUUCUCGGAACCCAUUCAACAAUUGGAAACUAACCACAAAAUAGAUGAUAGUAUCUUAAAAGAUGGUAAUUUAGGAUGGAGAGCAUUAAGACUACUAGCAAGGCGCAGUCCUCAAUUUUUUACCUAUGGUACAACAGUUACAAACUCGCUAUCGAGCUAUUUAGAAGUUAUGAUUAAAAAAAUAGCCCAUGAGAAGCCUGGAAAGGAAGUCACUCAAGAAAAUCAAAAUGAUAGUGAAAUGGAUAAUAUUCUAACAGAAACAGAUCAAGCAACGGAGGAUUUAAAACCUACAGAUCAAGAAGAAUUUGUAGAAGAUACUAUUGUCAGACCUGAAAGAAAAAAUAUUACUUUGCAACAAUUGAUGUACCUCAGUGAGAAGAUUGCACCAAAUUGGCAGAAAUUAGCAACAAAAUUAGGGUUUAAAAAAGAUGAAAUUGAAUUUUUUGAAAAAGAGAACCCUACCUCAGUAGAACAAGCGCGGAACUUACUACAAUUAUGGUUUGAAGAUGACGAAGAUGCUACGCUAGAGAAUUUGGCGUAUACUUUAGAAGGUCUGGAAAUGAACGAAGCAGCAGAAGCAAUCAAAAGUGAAAUUAAUAUAGAAGUUUCGUAACAUAAAAUAUUAGAAGGAAAAUACAAAAUUAUGAAUAAAAAAAUAAAGGUAGAUGUUAAAAAUUGGAAAAUAGGAUAACGCAAAUUCAGUUGAAAUUAAUGAUUCUGAGCACGUUUACUAAAAUAAAACCAACACUCACAUUUACACUAUUUGAUGCAUGGGGAUAGUUAACAAUUGUGUUCAGUGAGGCAAAUUAGAAAUAUACUGUUGUAAUAUUAUUUCAAUCAUUGUGAACUAACAGUAAGUUUUCAAUAAACCAAACACUUUAUUUUUGAAAAUAUUUUUAUGACUCCUAAUUUGAUUUUGUUCAAAUAGUUUGAAACUAAUAUUGGCUUUAUUAAACUUUGGACUCAAUAUCUUCACAGAAAGAAAAAGAUAAAGCUACCUACACUUGUAAAUAUAUAUAUAUAUAUAUAUAUAUAUAUAUAUAUAUAUAUAUAUAUAUAUAUAUCAGUAGCACAGAGGUAAACCGUCGCAUCUCCAUUAUAGAGAGUUUUGAGAAAUUAACGAAAACAGUUUGUAUUUCGUCUAUUAAAAAAAUUGCCGAAAAUUGAAAAAUAGCAGGAAUUCCUACUCUUGCACUCCGUAUCAAUACGCUCAACAUGACAAAAAGAAGUAUUCAUUGUUUCCAUAACCCAUACCUGAACUUGAUUUUGUGGACUUACGACUAUUUACUUCAACGUCAAAUAGCAGGUAAAGGGUAGUUACUACUCCUCAUUUAAUUUAAAAAAUCAUAUUUUUAAACUGAAAUUUUAUUCAAAUACACAAAAAGAAA